CUUUGUCAGUAGAAAAAGGCGGCAAAUUGUCGGUUGAAAAUACCUUUGUGCCAUAUUCAUUUUUAAUCAAAUCGCUAACUCUCAUUGGUUGUAGGCAGCUACCAAAAUUAACUGAGGGAUGUUAUUAAGGCGAUAACUUUCAUCCUUUACCAGUGAAAGUUAUUUUUAUUAUCACAAGAACUCAAAAAAAAAUUCAAAAAUAAACUCCAACUCAUUUCAAAACAUGCGAUCUUUCCUUCCCGCCAAUCCAGAAAAAAACUGAAUACAUCACACAUAUCAUACGCAUAAUCGAUUUAAUUUAUUCUCCUUGAUUUUCUAAAUUCAACCUUUUGGGUUUAGGAAGUAGGUUGAAAAUAAGAAUUCCUUUUUAUAGUUUUAAAUACAAAACAGCUCAGAUGGACUUUAACAUAUAUAUAGGCGGUUAUCAUUUUGUAUUCGGCCAGUAUUGUUCGAGUAGCUGAACGCUCGCUUGCCUUAGUACGAUUAGAGAAAAAAAGAAAAAUGGCGGCAGAUUGAUCGUUCGGUCUCUAUGGCCAUACCAAAAGGUCAUUUAGCCAACACAGCAAUGGCUUGGAGUAACGCCAUGGACGAAAGCUGUCAAAUUGAAAAUGACGUUUUACUUUUUUAUCCAAAGAUGGCUUGGGCGCUGGUGCGAACAGCCAUAGAGUUAUUUUAUACUUUUAGGUUUAAUAUCAUGAUAACUGUGAUAUUAGUUUUAGUAGUUUAUGCUAUUUAUAAAUCUUAUUGGAGUCCAGUGCUGUAUAUCAAAGAGCUAGCCGACAUCGGUUACGAGCAUAUACCAAAGGGGGCAAAUCGGGAGAUCCGCAUCGCAAGGGCGAUGAAGGGCCGUCAACUGGGGGUCAAACUGCCUCCACCCUACCCUAACGGGUGGUUCGCUGUAGCAGAGAGUAGAAAUGUGAAGAAUGGGGAUGUCACUAGUGUCGAUGCCUUAGGACAAAACCUCUGCGUGUACCGCGGUGAGGACGGCGUGGCGCGAUGUGUGGACGCUUAUUGCCCCCAUCUCGGGGCAAACCUGGGUAUCGGGGGCAAAGUGGGGGGCAGUUGCAUCGAGUGUCCCUUCCACAAGUGGAGGUUUAACGCUGAGGGCAUAUGCGUUAAUGUUCCGGGGCAAGAUAAUCCUCCAAAAGGCGUCUCUAUCCGAACCUGGCCUACAGUAGAGGCCGACGGGGCGGUGUGGAUCUGGCACGACGCCGACAACAGGCCCCCGUUGUGGACGUUACGCGACGCCGAAGAGCUGGCUUCGUGGGGAUACAGAGGCCGAAAUGAGUUCGUUGUUGGAUCGCAUUGCAUGGAUAUCCCAGAGAACGGUGCUGACGUGGCACAUCUCAAUGCGGUGCACUCCCCGUCUCUGCUGUCCAGCCUGGGGGAAAAGUACCCCUCCUUGCUCAACUUUAUAGGUCAGCACUCAUGGACGGCGGAGUGGUCGCGUGGUGAAGGUCACGUGGCCACAAUGAAGCUGGAACACCAUUACAAGAUGGGGGACCUCAGUUUAUUUCACAUGGACGUGGUGGCUACACAGAUGGGCCCCGGUCACGUCCGCCUCCGCAUAGACACCGGCUUCGGCCCCCUACUGAUCUCACAGUCAGUGACCCCUAUAGGACCUCUACUACAACGCGUGGUACAUAGAAUGUUCUCGCCGGCUUAUAACGCUCCAAUUGUAGCUGGGUUCAUAUGGGGAGAGAGCUACAUGUUUGAGCGCGACGUGAUGAUCUGGAACAACAAACGCUACAUGAGCUCACCGGCGUACGUACGAACGGACAAGACAAUUCGCGCCUUCAGGGCGUGGUACUCGCAGUUCUAUAGCGAAAAUAGCAUUAGUUUCAAGGAUGCUACUCAGAACCCCUUAGAUUGGUGACUACGCCAUCUUGUGGCGGAUAGCAAAAGUAUUUUGUACCUAAUUCUAUGUGCAGUUCUACGCCGAAAACAAUGUUACUUUUAAGUACGCUACUGUACUCUAAGCAUAGAGAAAUAUAAGUAAAGAAAGAGUUUUGACUCCAUACAUCAGUUUUUUUACCAAAACGCGACUUAUUUCGUAAUUCGUAAUGCUCAACUAUUUUCAGUUAAUAUUAGUUAUACCUAACCAGAUUAACCGGAACUGUAUUUUAAACUCCUUCUGUUUGUAAUAUAAGUUGUAAAUUGUUCUGGCAAUACAUUUUUCGUCAGUGGCGACACUUUUGACAUCUGGUAUCAAGUAGCGGUACUGAUAAAUCAACUGUAGCUCAGGGCUAUAACCGCGAAAAUCGAAGUUCGUCAAUUGCGGGCAUUUUUCUCUGUCACUCUAAUUACGUCUUAGUGAGAGUAAAAGAGAAAGAUCCCGCAAUUUGCGAAUUUCGGUUUUCGCGGUAGGCCCCCUGGUAAGAAUUCGCGUUCCGAAAUUUUUGUUUAUUGUUAACAUAAAUCGACAUGACACUGGCAAAUUAAUAAAAAGCCAUAUAAAACGAAAAAAAAUCCACUAGGUACUUAACGUUAGACGUACCAUGGAAUAACUCGCGUUUUGGUAAGAAAACUGAUGUAAGGAGUUAACCCUAUUUCUUUACUUAUAUUUCUCUAUGGUUCUUAGAGCUCCUUUGAAUGCAAAAUAACGCCACCUAGUUGUAGGAAGGAGAAGCAGUGUAUUUGUAUAUUGUAUCAAAUUGUAUUAAUAAUGCAUUUGUUUUUUUUUUUCAUUAAGUAUUAAGUUUUGGACUUAAGACCAGUAUCUUCACCUAGUACUUAUUUUAUAUUUCAUUACGAUAGGUUUUAAUAAUAACAUGUGUACAAAAUAGUAUUAUACAUAGAAACUUGAAGGUAUUGGGUAGUUUAGACGUUAUUUAGAUUUAUUAUAUUUAAUGAUAUUAUUGAAAUAAUGAAUGAAAGUGUGCCGAUCAAUAAACUAUUUAAAUAAUAA